UUUGGGGUUUGCUCUUGUAUUACAACUUGGAUCAAGAAUCAAAUCCAAAAAACAGAAGCUAUUGUGUAUCGAAAUUGAAUAAAACCUCAUACGACAACAGACAUUGAUUCAAUCACAAAAAGCCAAGUUUCUUGAAACAUAUAUCUGCUUGAAUUAUUCCCUUGUCAACCCUCAGCAAAAAAGAGUAGGAGCUGAAAAGUUUUUGGAGUCAAGCUAAAGAGAAAGUCAGACAAGCCACUUUUACACCCUCUCUUCUGUUAUUUUCCCUUUUCAAUCUUUCUUUCUCACUUUUCACUGAACUGACGCCAUCUAUCCAACCUGUUUUAGAUCAUGCCAUUACUUAAACGCAAACGAGUACCGCCUAUUGAAACACCCAAAUAUGAUCCAGCAAAGAAGGAAUCCAAAGAGACCUUGGUUUGGUACUCACCUUUAACCCAAGAAAUAUUUACAGACUAUUCGGAGUACUUGAAACGUACGUCACUGUAUAAAAAGCCUAUCUGGCAAUGCGAAGCAACCGGCAAACAAAACUUGACGUACAUGGAAGCAUUAAAGAGCGAAAGAGAGGAAAAAGAGCGUACAGGAAACAAAUUAUCUCUAGAUCUCCAAAAACAAGUGCUACUGCAUAUCCAAUUCCAAACCCUUCGUCUGGACGCCCUCGUUGAUGACACUUAUAAACACUUUGUGAAUCGAUAUGUCCCAGGUGAAUUUGUGCAAUGUACUUGGGACGAUAAUAUUGCAUAUCAUGGGCAGGUAUUAGAAGUCAUAAAGAAUGAAGAUACGGAAGAACAGUAUAAGGUUCAGCUUAUUGACGAGGAUUCGGUCGGAAUUGAAGAUAUGAUCAAAGUUUUGCCAAAAGAAAAAAUCAAACGCGAUAGGUUUGCCUUUUCUAAAAACUUGCUGAAAAAGUAUAUCAAAGAACACGCAGUCAAGGAUACGUACAUAGGUGCUCCUUGGAAUAUUAAACCUGAUACUGCUGAAAAGUUCGAUAUUGACACCACAUUGCCUGAGAAACUAUUCGAGGCCAGAAACGUUGCCUAUGCAAAGUCUCGAAAGAAGCGACCUACAACAGGCAGCACAACUGACCAUAACAACGGUUCGAUAAUCAACCGAUCAUUAGCCAUUGAUUCGCACAAAGCAGAACUCACUCUGCGGUAUCCUAUGGAGGACUUGAAUAUUCCAACUUACAGACGAGACCCUAGUGGCUACGGCAAGAUCACCGAUAUGACACCGGGGGUCGAGGGAGCCAAUACUGAUGUACAAAACCCCACAGGUAAUAUGCCUCCUCAUCCAGAAGCAACACACAAGACAACUGUUCCGGAUGAUUGCUAUGGAUCGUUCUUAAUGACUUGGUCAUUUUUGAGCGUCUUUGCACAUCCUUUGAAACUAUCACCAUUUUCUCUUGACGAUUUUGAAAGUGCACUUCACCACAAACAGCCAUCUACCUUGAUGCGAGAGGCCAAUAUUGCUCUUCUUAAUGCCAUUAUCAAACAAAGAGAUCGCUUAAAGAAGGAGAGUCAAGGUAGCGGAUCGACAGCCAUGGCAGCUGCGAUGUCACUGUAUGGAUCUGGCUAUGAGAUCUCUCGAAGUGCAACCUCGAUUGCUUACGAAGAGACACUGAGACGGUUUUCAAGCGAGGAUGAUAUUGACGAAAACCACAUUUGGCGAUUCCGACCACCAGCCAAACACCGUGAGAAGAAUCCGGAGAGAGGAUGCGGUAGUUCUGAAGUGGAAGAAAUUAGCCGAGACUGGGAUCAUGGCACGGUCGAUACAGAGGAUGAACGUGAAGGAUGGGAAAAUAUAUUGAUUGGCUUCAUUAAUCAGCUUGCACCACUCGAGAUGCUAGAUGAUAUCGACCGAAUCUUGUCACUCCUCGUGCCCUUUGCAGGAUCUACACUUGAGGAUCAUGAAAAUGCCUACGCCAAUUUGAGUCUUCGAGACAAGAUUAAGAUAUUUGAACUUUUGAUCAGCGUUGCUAAUGAAUCCUAUGUUAUCAAGCAAUAUAUGGAAGAAUGUCAGGAGCAGAUGACAGAAUUGAGAAAGCAAAAGAUAGAGUUGAGCCGAGAGCGCAAGCGAAUACAUGCUGAGAGACGCGAGUUGGAUGAUAAACAGACUGAAGAAAAUAAUCAAGCAAAGGAUAUACCAGAUGAAAGCAGUGGUUCAGAUAAUGAUUCAACAGCAAGCGAUAAUGACGAUGAUAGUGCAUUAUUAAAAGCUCAACGCAAACAGGAAUACCUUACUCGACAUGAGUCAAGACAAGCAGCUAUGAAGCGCCGUCAAACCGAACGUGAAGAACGAGAAGCCAAGCGUCUAAAGCUACACCAUCUUCAACGUGAAGAAGCGCGUGUGAGAAAUCAAGAACAAAAGAUGCGUAAUGAGACUCGUAAGCGAUUGGACGAAGAGGAAAGAAUCCUGCAUAAAAAGGAAGAGCAGGUCGAACGAGAUCUCCGAAAGUAUAGCACACACCGCAUCAAACCGCUUGGACGAGACAAGUUUUAUAAUCGUUACUAUUACCUGGACGAUAUCGGUGGAACGCUCGUGCAUGGUUCAGGACGAUUGUUUGUGCAGUGUCCAAGUGACACGGAUUUAAUCAUCAUUCAAGAGCGCGAUUGUGUCGAGUCUAUAGAUAGAAAAGCGGAUCCGCCAUGCGGGCGUGGGGGAGGAGUAAAAUUUGUUUGUCAAUUGCUGAAAGGGCAGGGAUUUGUUAAAGAAUCUGAAUACAUGGAACAAAGAUUAAAAGUGCUUAAUGGACAAAGUGAAUCAACUGCUAUCCCACCUUGGUGGCAAGUAUAUGACAGACCUGAACAGUUGGACGCGCUAUUAAAGUGGUUAAAUCCAAAGGGUGUUCGUGAAUUUCGACUUAAGCGUGAAUUAGAAAAAUGUUAUCAAAAUAUAGUGACAGGAAUGAAGAAAAGAUUGGCAGAUCAAUCGAGUUCAAGUAAAAAUGAAGUUAUUCGACGCACCACUCGUAGUAAAACAAUACCUACAUAUCCACCUGGUUCAUGGCUUGCUUAUACAAACAAGCUAGCAUACUCAUAGACAAUACAGUUUUAUUCUAUAAAGUUUAAUAUGAUUUAAAUAAAAAAGAGCAAACAAAUAGCGCUGAUAAAGAACACAAA